GGAGAGAAGGGAGACCAGCAAAGGAGAAGAAGAAGAGGAAGAGAUCUGGCCGUUCGAUUCUCUGCACACUUUCCUCUUUCGUCGUCGUCGUCGUUCUCCGUCGGCGUCUACCGUUCUCAGGCUUCUCUAGAGGAAGGCGAAGGAAAAGGCAAAGAAGUUUAUUAACGAUCCAAAGAAAGAAUCAAUGGUGGUUUCCUGAAAGUCUAUCAUCGGUCGAUGUAUUAUUACCUCUCGAUCCUUUUCAUACUCAAGAAGUCGAUUCUGGAUACUUUGAGAAUUAUUUACCAAUUUCACACAUGUGCUGAUCAUAGCGAUGGAUUUUGAGGUUGACGGAAAUGUUGAUGGCGAGGUGCUGGGUAUUUCAGCCGAUAUGGAUAGUAGGAAUGACGACGAUAAUGAAUUGGUAGUUAGCUCUUUUGUAGAGCCUUAUCAACACGAUGAAGAUGACGAUAAGCUUAAUCAAGGUCUUUCUGGCCAUGAAAUUGCUCUACUAGAUGAACCUGAAUCUGUAAAUGUUUCAGGCCCUGUUGAUGAACCUUAUUUGGGACAGGAAUUUGAGACUGAAGCUGCAGCUCAUGCUUUUUAUAAUGCUUAUGCCACACAAACAGGUUUUGUCCUCCGGGUGAGCAAACUAUCUAGAUCAAGGCGAGAUAAUUCUGUUAUCGGUAGGGCUCUUGUUUGCAACAAAGAGGGUUUUAGAAUGGCGGAUAAACGUGAAAAGGUCUUGAGACAAAGGGCUGAAACAAGAGUUGGAUGUAGAGCAAUGGUUUUGGUAAGAAAGCUAAGUUCUGGGAAAUGGGUACUUACAAAGUUUAUUAAGGAACAUACUCAUCCUCUUACUCCUGGGAAAGGUCGUCGAGAAUUAAUUUAUGACCAAUUCCCGAAUGAACAUGAUAAAAUAAAGGAGCUAACCCAACAGCUGUCGGUUGAGAAAAAGAGAUGUGCAACUUAUAAAAGAAAUCUGGAAAUGUUGUUUGAACACAUUGAGGAACAUAACAAAAGCUUGUCUCAAAGAGUCCAAUACAUAAUAGACAGUGUAAAGGAAAUGGAGUCACAUGAAGAAAAGAUACAUUGAUUGAUUGAUUGAUUGAUAGAUAGACAGACAAAUAGAUAGUUUAAUUUAGAUCAUUAUUAUAGAAUUUUUUUUUUCAUUUCUAGUUGAUUUGGCAACAACACAUAAUUGGGUGUCUUGAUGUUUGGAUCAUGUUGUUGAAUUCUGGAUCUUGGUUCUUGUUGUUGGGUGACUUGUCAUUAUUGUGAAGCUUCUGAGCUCUGUUUUUGAGCCAGGGAUUGAAAUUGAAUGAUUUGAAUUUGAUUGAUUCUUGAUAU